GAUAUUUCGAAGCACAUACGCCCCCGUCUUCAGCCGUCUUCAGAGUCGCAGCCUCUCUUCCACGCUAAAACAAACCCUAGCCCCGUCUCUCUCUCUCUCUCUCUCUCUCUCUCUCUCUCUCUCUCUCUCCAGAUGGGAACGCCGGAAACGUCCCGGGAACCAUGCCCAGACCGUAUUCUCGACGACAUCGGAGGCGCCUUUGGGAUGGGAGCCGUCGGCGGAUCGGCCUUCCAUUUCCUUAAAGGCGUGUACAACUCCCCAAAGGGCGAGCGGCUGCUCGGAGGCACGCAAGCCGUGCGGAUGAACGCUCCACGUGUCGGCGGCAGCUUCGCCGUGUGGGGAGGACUCUUCUCGGCCUUCGACUGCACCAUGGUCUACGUCCGGCAGAAGGAAGACCCCUGGAACUCGAUCAUUGCCGGUGCCGCCACUGGCGGCUUCCUGCAGAUGCGCCAGGGUUUCGGUGCCGCCUCCCGCUCCGCCGUAUUCGGCGGCGUCUUGCUCGCUCUCAUCGAAGGUGCCGGGAUCAUGCUUAAUAAGGUCCUCAGUGCCCCUCAGAACAUGCCCGUCAUGAUCGAAGAGCCUACCCCCGGUACUGUGGGUGGACCGGGAUUUCAGAUGCCGGGGCGCUCGCAACCGGCUCCUCUGCCGCCAGCUAUGUCAUCAACAACUGAAACAUCACCCUCUUCACCGUCAUCAGCAUCGUGGUUUGGAGGGUGGUUUGGUGGUGGGAAGAAGCAAGACAGUGAUGGGGGAAGCAAGACGGAGGUCUUGGAAAGCUUUGAUUCGCCGCCAAUUCCAACUUUUGAGUACAAGUGAACUGGAUUUUUGAGAUUGUGUCUGUGCUAAUCCCUUCCUUACUCAGACCCUUGAUCUUUCUGGUCAGUCUCUGGUCAUUUAUUGUCACAGCAAAGGUUGGAUGUGAUAUCAUCUCACUGCUAAUCCUUUGCACACUUUUUUGAGUCACAAGGCCUUCCAUGUUGAAGAUUGGGGACUACCAGAUAGGCUACAAGAUCAUUUGAGUGGGAAAACUUGUAAAUAGACUCAUAUGACUUGUUUGGUUUUAGUUUUCAUUUGGAAUUUUUUAACGUAGUGCCUUAUGAAGUCAUAAACCCUAUGGAAAAAAAAUUCAAAUUUAUACCAAAUUAAUUUGGUAUAAAUAAAGUUGCAUGAUGUUGACCAGGCUGAUUUUGGUUUGAAACAAGGAGUAUGGAAGACUCUUUUUCCAUUUUAAUAUUGUUUUAACUCUAUGAAGGGGUGUUCUCUAUUUGUACAUGUUCUCAAGUGUACCCCCUUUUAUUUUCUCUUUCGAAAUGUAAUAUACCUCUUAACAGUGGGUAUCCUUAACAAUCUGGACAGUUGUGUUCACAACUUUAUGACCUGUUCUCUAUUCUCAAA